GUUCGUAUGUUUAAAUUUAGUAUUUCAGAAAAAAGUUAAAUAAAAAAAACGAAAUGCCUAAAGUAUUGUUGAAUGAGGCCGUCACAUUAGAAAUUGGAGCUACAGAUCCAUGGCCCAAUGACGUCCAAUUAUUUCAGCCUCUAGAAGUUGAACAGAUUUUAUUACCAGAUAAUGCUAAUUGUCUUGCAGUUAAGGCUUAUCUAAAGAUGUGCAAUCUGCCAUAUAAUGUGGAGUAUCGUCAUAAUGCAGAAUUCAUGUCCCCCACAGGACAAGUUCCAUUUAUUAAGUGUGGUGCUUUUCUUGUCCCUGAACUUGAAAAUAUUGUUUCUUUUGUCAAUAAGAAAGAUAUAUCUCUGACUAAAGAUCUGGAUCAAACCACUAAGCUGGAUAUGCGGGCUUAUAUGACCCUUGUAAACAAUAUUUUGUCAUUUGCUGAGUUAUAUAUUACGUGGGUUGAUAAAAAUACUUUGCAUCAAGUGACUUACCAAAGGAAUGCUUACCCGUAUCCGUGGCCUCUAAGUACUUAUCAAAAUUAUAAGAAACGAAAUCAAGUAAUCCGAAAGUUAAAAGCUCAUGAAUGGUAUAACUACAGUAUAUCAGAUGUACUGAAUAAGGUGGAGAAAUGUUGCAGUGCUCUCAGUGAAAAGCUCGGUGAUAAUGAUUACUUCUUUGGAAACAAGCCUACAGAAUUAGAUGCAUUACUCUUUGGACACUUGUUCUGUCUAAUUACAACUAGUAUGCCGGAAUCGUCACCUAAAAUUGUCCCUAUUAUUUCGAAGUAUAAAAAUUUAACUGAUUUCUGUCAUAGAAUUGAUAGGACAUAUUUUCCUAGAAAGGUUUCUACAUAAUAAAUAAGAUAAUGACCAAUUCCAUAGAUUCUCGCAAUCCUAAGCAGUCGACUUCGUCUAUUUUUAAGGAGUUUGUUUUGAUAUUUAUAUCUUCUUCGAGUUGAAUUUGAGCCCUCAGUAAGUAGCGAAGCGAUGCUUGCGACUCCAGAA